GUUUGAAAUCGGGUCCAAUUUUGGCGAUAGUUGAGGCGGAUUGAACUUUGAUGUGAUCUGUCGUAAAAGGACCAUGACUUUUUUUCCAGAUAUGGAUCCGAAUGGUCCAUCGCAUCUUCCGAUGGGGAUGCCGGCGAGUUUACCUCAUCAGCAAAAUGCGUCAGGUGUGGAUGAGCUAAGUGACAAACAGCUGACACCGGAGGUUCUACAGAUCCUGAUGACAUUUUUGAGGAAGAAUGGACUGUCGGAGACAGAAGAAGCUUUGUCGAAAGAAGCGAACAACCUCCUGGUUUUGAAUGAAGAUGUCUCCGGUUCUUCGGCGUUUCCUUCAAGUGAAGCUCUUCUCUCCGAGUUCGAUUCUCUUGUGCAGUUUGUGGAUUCCUCUUUUGAUUUUUUCCAAGCCGAGUUCAGUCUACUUUUGUUCCCGGUUUUCGCCCAUUCCUAUAUCAAGCUUUUGCUGGAAAGCUCCGUAAAUAAUGCCAGGGAGUUCUUCAAACGUUACUGUAAACGAAUCCCUGCUCCAUACGAGGAGCUAGUGUACAAACUCGAAAGACUUCAGACAACUCAGCAAGUCCAGGCUGACACAUAUGUGCAACUUCUUCUAAAAAAUCCCUUUCUGGUGAAAAUGUCGAAAUCAUCGCUCAAGCAGCUAGAGAUACCUUUGGCUCGAACACCAACUAUCAAAAAUAUUGUCAAAGAACAUAUCACGCUUGAAGCUUCUGAUGUUGUUUCCAAACUGAGAUCAAGCAUCGAGUGUCAAAUGGGAGGAGUGCUUGGACAGGUGUCCAAAAACGAAAAAAGGCAUAAGAUGCACUACGGCGUUCUCAAAGACGAUGUGUCACAAGCGAUUGAGAAGAAGAAAACUCGUGGAAAAGAGCUUAAGGAUAGCAAAAAAAGCCAAGCAUUAGCUCCUGUCCCAGAUCGAAUUCCACUUCCACCUUUGAGUGAAGCUUUGAGAGAGGAACGUCGUAAAGCGAUGAGGGACGCAAACAAACUUACAUUGGUUUCACAAGAAUAUCCUCCGUCCGUUUGCAUGUUGACUGCUCUAAAUGCCUAUGGUAGUGUUUCUUGUUCUGAUGUAUCCGAUGAUUCUUCAGUUUUGAGCAUCGGUGGAUCCGACGGCUCCAUAGAGCUUACUGCUUUUGACGAGGAUCAGAAACUGAAGAAGUUGCGUGAAAUGGAGGAACUUGAACGAAUUGAUAUGGAUGCGGACAACGUCACUGACCUCCUGUACGAUUACAAUAAUGCUAAAGCUGAAAUUACGUUACACGGGCAUUCUGGUCCAGUUUAUUCGACACAUUUCUCUCCCGAUAAUCGCUUGCUUGUAUCUUCUUCGCUGGACAGCACUAUUCGCUUAUGGAGUUUGGAAACCCAGAAGAAUGUGGUAGUCUACAGACUCAGUCGGCCGGUUUGGCAGGUACAAUUCUCGAAUCGCGGGUAUUAUAUGUGUAGCGGAAGUGAUGAUAACACUGCUGCAUUGUGGUGUACAGAACGAAUGCAUCCAUUACGAAUUUUCGCUGACAGUUAUGGAUCAGUUAAUUGUGUGGACUUCCAUCCGAAUUGCAAUUAUGUUGUGGGAGGCAGCGAAGAUCGUUACGUUAGAGUAUGGGAUGUACUCACAGGUACCUGCGUCCGCACUUUCUGUGGACAUUCAGCUGGCGUUACUGCAGUCAAAUUUUCACCUUGUGGUCGCUACAUAAUAUCAACUGCUGGAGAUGGAGCAGUUUGCGUUUGGGACGUUGCCUACCAGAGAUUGGCUGGAAUGGAGACGAAGGAAUUCCGUGGUUCUAUGGGGUCCAUAUGUUUUUCGCGAGACGGUGGAUCCUUUGCGGUUUCGCAAGGCGGUGAAUCCUUAUCAAUAUUCUCUCUUGACAAUAUGAUUGCGGCUACCAGUAACGUCACAACAAACAAUGAACUCUGUUUUGACCCUAAAAUCAACAUGCCGAACUUCAAUAUAUUCACUUAUCCGACGUUACAAACAUCUGUAAUCGGACUUCAUUUUACAAGGAGGAAUCUGUUGCUUGCUGUAGGAGCGUACAACGCUUGAAAAUCUAGGAGUACUCCAAAAGCGGAAUCGUGUACUGACAAAUGCGGGUAGUGUGUGGCCUUUUUCUAUAAGGUAGCGU